AUGUCGGCACAUAGCUCAUCCGAGGAUGCGGAAGCCGACAGGAUACUUAUGAUAAAAAAGAUAUUAAGUGCCGCUUUUUACGCUUUUGCCUCGUUUAUGAUAACUGUGGUUAAUAAGACCGUACUAACUUCAUAUGCAUUUCCGUCGUACCAAGUGUUGGGAUUGGGACAAAUGAUAGCUACAAUUAUAGUAUUAUGGUGUGGUCGGUCCCUUAAAGUUGUGCAGUUUCCGCCUUUAGAUAGUGGGAUAGCUCACCGCAUAUGGCCCUUACCAGUGAUUUAUCUUGGGAAUAUGGCUACAGGUCUCGGUGGAACUAAAGAGCUGAGCCUUCCUAUGUUCACAGCACUUAGACGCUUCAGUAUACUCAUGACCAUGAUACUUGAAAGAUUUGUACUCGGGAUCAAAGCAUCAUGGCCUGUCCAAGUCAGUGUAAUGGCAAUGGUUGGAGGAGCAUUAUUAGCAGCGGUAGAUGAUGUUACAUUCUCUUGGACAGGUUACACUUUAGUGCUGUUAAACGAUGGAUUCACAGCAGCGAAUGGUGUGUACAUGAAAAAGAAAUUAGACUCAAAGGACUUGGGCAAGUAUGGCCUUAUGUAUUACAAUGCACUAUUUAUGAUAGUCCCAGCCGCUGUUGUUGCUUGGUGUACUGGUGACUUGGAACACUCUGCUGCUUAUCCUCAUUGGUCCAAUAUGCUGUUCCUAGCACAAUUCCUGAUGUCGUGUCUCAUGGGUUUUGUACUUUCAUAUAGUGUGAUGUUGUGUACUCAAUACAAUAGUGCCUUAACCACAACCAUUAUAGGCUGUCUUAAAAACAUUCUCGUGACAUAUUUGGGUAUGAUCAUCGGUGGGGACUAUGUGUACAGUUUGCUUAAUUUUGUGGGACUUAAUAUAAGUGUAUUGGCGAGCUUAGGCUAUACUUAUGUUACAUUCAAACGUAAACCAAAUAACUACAUGCUGUUGAAUGAGGCUAAUAGUCGAGUUAAUACAGUAUGA